AUGGUGACACUAUCAUAUAAUCUCUUUAUAAAUUUACAAUUAGAAAAUACCAUUACUGGUGAUGCUGAGAAGUGGCUGUGGAAUACAGCUCUCAAACUAACCAUUCUCUACGCUCUAAAAAAAAAUUUGUCACAAUUUUUUGGUCGCUUUCAGUGCAUAGGGUACCAUGAAUUACUCGCCCUGCUCCCUCAAGGAGAUAGCCAAAUAAUAGACUCACUACCACAGACUGCACAGGCAAAAGAUCACAAUGCUAUUUUCAAGGAUAGAUGUUGUUUCCACAGGUCAAACUCUGAGGAAACAAUGGCCUGGUCUGAUUCUGUGGAUACACUACUAGCUAAUAAAGAUGGCUUGGCAGCUUUUCGGACAUUUUUGAAGUCAGAGUUCAGUGAGGAGAAUGUGGAGUUCUGGCUGGCCUGUGAGGACUUCAAGAAAACCAAGUCCUCUAUUAAGAUCGCCUCAAAAGCCCAAAAGAUUUAUUCUGACUUCAUACAAGCUGAUGCUCCAAAGGAGAUUAAUAUUGACUUCCAUACCAAAACCCACAUCUCCCAGAAUAUCUCUGAGCCCACCCUCAGCUGCUUUGAUGAUGCUCAGAGGUUAAUUUAUAGUCUCAUGGCAAAGGACUCUUUUCCCAGGUUUCUAAGGUCAGAGGCAUACAAGGAACUAGUAAAGAAGCAACAGAAUGGAAGUCAGAAGAGAUGGCUCCCAUUUUUGUGAGAAAAUACCCAAGGGAUUAUGAAUUUGUAAAUGUCUCCCAUUGCAACUCAGUACAGAUAAUAUUGUAUUACAGUGACUGCACAAUCCGGACCUAAGAAUUGUGGUGCCAACUUGUUUUUAAGAGCAAUAUGCACAUGAUACUUUCUCAUAACAGCAGGGAAAUAUUCAAGAAAGAGGAUGGAAUGUGCUAAGACA